AUGCCUACCCCUGUCAUUUCAAAGUCCGAGCGUGUUACUAUUGUUGGUGCUGGAUUGUUUGGGCUGACGACAGCCUUGGAGCUUGCGCAACGGGGAUACAACGUUUUGGUUCUGGAUCGUGACCUUCCUCCUGUGCUUGAUGGAUCAAGCGUUGAUAUUUCAAGGGUCAUUAGGCCUGACUAUGCCGAUGAAUUCUACACCAAGAUGGGAUUGGAGGCUAUGCAAGGAUGGGAGGAGGAAUUUGCUCCCUUUUUUCAUCGAAGUGGUCUUCUUUGUGUCGCCCAGGAUAAUACCCACGCGUAUCUCGAAGAAUCUCGGGAGAAUCUCGAGAAAAUGGGGCUAAGGGUUGAGAGUUUGGAAGAAGAAGAAAUUAAAAAGCGCUACCCCGCGGUGCAGGGGGAUCUCAAGAGUAUCAGAGGGUAUAUCAAUCCCAUUUCUGGCUGGGCGGACGCAAAGCAGAGCAUCCAGGAAGUGGCCCGGAAAUGCGUUUUGGCGGGAGUUUCUUUCGUUGUUGGAGCUGAAGGUACGGUUUCUUCUCUAAUCAAAGAUGGUGACAAAGUCAUAGCUUUGAAAACCAGUACCGGAGCUUUUCUCAGGUCGCAUGUUACCAUCCUGGCUACAGGGGCGCGGACGCCUCAUCUGAUCGACAUGGACAAUGUCUCAAUUUCAACCAGUCAACCGGUUGGGUUCAUCCAAUUGACAGAGAAAGAAGCCGAGGAACUGAAAAGCUGCCCGGUGAUAAUUAACCUUUCAACUGGAUGGUUCAUUUUCCCUCCAACCCCCAAAACCCAUAUUUUGAAAAUGGCGCGACAUGGCUACGGAUAUGAAGUAUCUCAGCCAUCGAGUUCGUUAAGACGACCGUUAUCAGCACCGCGCUUGGGCCUCAGCAAUAUCAAAUCCGCAUUUCUCCCCGCAGAUGCUGAACUAGCACUCAAGGACGGACUGUCUACUUUCUUCCCCCAGUUCAAAGAUAAAGAGUUCUCAAAUCGCCGGUUGUGUUGGUAUUCAGACACCCCGAAGGGAGACUUUAUUGUCGACUAUCACUACGAUUUCAAAAAUCUCUUUAUCGCGACUGGAGACAGCGGACACGCGUUCAAGUUUCUUCCCGUGCUGGGUCGCUACGUGGCAGACAGCUUUGAAGGAAAGGCGUCUGAAACUCAGAAGAAAAAGUGGAAAUUAGGACGAUCAUCGGCUCCUAUUUCUCGUGGAGAUGGUAGCAGAGGGGGUCCGCCUCGUCGAGCUUUGAAUGCUGAGGAGCUGUCUAGGCUUUAG